AUGCGGGGUGGUGGUUGGGGAUCAAGAGGCGAGGUGGCCGGAGUGGCGCGGAGCACGAGUGGGAGCGCGGGUGGGAACGGCAACGGAAGAGGCGGUCGUGAGCAUGCGAGAUACGAGCAAGGAAGUGCGGCAGAUCCUUCGAGUAAUCAGUCAUCCAUCGAUAGAGGGAGAACGAUGGGCAUGGGGCACGAAAGGCAACGAAGUCAAUCUGCACAUGGCAAACGACCUAGUGGUGGCAGUGCAGGAGAAGGAACAGCGUCCUUGGCGCAUGUGCGCGGCAGAAGCGGGAGCGUUCCUAGAUCGCCUGCUUCGCCAAAUUCAGGAGCAGCGAAGGCCACGUCUCAGCAGGCGAGAUCGAUUCCCUUACCGCUCGCGACAGGCCUAGCCCGACGGGAUCAGCAAAGCAGUCAGGAUCAACGUCAAGCGCUUCUCGUGAGCCGAUCGACUGUUUCUGCUGCAUCGUCACGCAAUGCAGCUGCCCCCGCGCCGCACGUUCCGCCUCCGCCUCCGAUCCCAAGGGAACCGGUGUUGUGGAGCAACAGUAGCGCCCCUUCUUCCACGACGGCAUCACCUGCCAUGAAGAAGAAGCCCUCCUUCUCGCGCAAACUGUCUUUGGCGAGGAACAAACCUUCUUCGGCUGGUGCGCGUGGCGGAAAGCGAGAAACGGGAGCCGAAGCGUCGUCUGGGCAGAGCAAGAACGAUGGGGAAGGCAGACCAGCGGGAAUGCUCAGCAGAGCGCUCUCGUGGGCCGUCAAGUAG